GAAGGCGGCGCGUGCGGCUGGGAACGCGGAGCGGACGGGUUCGAUUCAACGGGGUUUCGGGCCGCGCUAUGGAGCAGGUCAGCGAGCUGAAAGAGAAAGGCAACAAGGCCCUGAGCGCCGGCAACAUUGAUGAUGCCCUGCGGUGCUACUCGGAGGCCAUCAAGCUGGACCCCCAGAACCACGUGCUCUACAGCAACCGCUCUGCCGCCUACGCCAAGAAGGGGGACUACCAGAAGGCCUACGAGGACGGCUGCAAGACCGUUGACUUGAAGCCUGACUGGGGCAAGGGCUACUCGCGGAAAGCAGCAGCUCUUGAGUUCUUAAACCGAUUUGAAGAAGCCAAGCGAACCUAUGAGGAAGGUUUGAAACACGAAGCAAAUAAUCCUCAGCUCAAAGAGGGUCUGCAGAAUAUGGAGGCCAGGCUGGCAGAGAGGAAGUUCAUGAACCCUUUCAACAUGCCCAAUCUGCACCAGAAGUUAGAGAGCGAUCCUAGGACCAGGACGCUUCUCAGUGACCCCACCUACCGGGAGCUGAUAGAGCAGCUGCGGAACAAGCCGGCAGACCUGGCCACGAAACUACAAGAUCCCCGGAUCAUGACCACUCUCAGUGUUCUCCUUGGAGUGGAUCUGGGCAGCAUGGAGGAAGAGGAAGAGGUGGCAACGCCCCCACCACCACCACCUCCCAAAAAGGAGCCCAGACCAGAGCCGAUGGAAGAAGAUCUCCCAGAGAACAAGAAACAGGCGCUGCGGGAGAAGGAGCUGGGGAACGACGCCUACAAGAAGAAGAACUUCGAGGCGGCCCUGAAGCACUAUGACCUGGCCAGGGGCCUGGACCCCACCAACAUGACGUACAUCACCAACCAAGCCGCCGUCUACUUCGAGAAGGGCGACUACAACAAGUGCCGGGAGCUCUGUGAGAAGGCCAUCGAGGUGGGGCGAGAGAACCGGGAAGACUACCGCCAGAUUGCCAAAGCUUACGCUCGAAUUGGCAACUCCUACUUCAAGGAAGAAAAGUACAAGGAUGCCAUCCAUUUCUUUAACAAGUCUCUGGCGGAGCACCGAACCCCAGAUGUGCUCAAGAAAUGCCAGCAGGCAGAGAAAAUCCUGAAGGAGCAAGAGCGGCUAGCCUACAUAAACCCUGACCUGGCCCUGGAAGAGAAGAACAAAGGCAACGAGUGUUUCCAGAAAGGGGACUAUCCUCAGGCCAUGAAGCAUUAUACAGAAGCCAUCAAAAGGAACCCACGGGAUGCCAAAUUGUACAGCAACCGAGCCGCCUGCUACACCAAACUCCUGGAGUUCCAGCUGGCGCUCAAGGACUGCGAGGAGUGCAUCCAGCUGGAGCCCGCCUUCAUCAAGGGUUACACGCGGAAGGCGGCUGCCCUUGAGGCCAUGAAGGACUACACAAAGGCCAUGGACGUCUACCAGAAGGCGCUGGAGCUAGACUCUGGCUGCAAGGUGGGCACUCCGCCGCCCAGAGCCUCGCCAGCUCUUCCCCCGGCUCCAUUUCUUCCCAUGCCUCGACUCAUCCUGGAGCAGAUGCAGAAGGACCCCCAGGCGCUCAGCGAACACCUCAAGAACCCGGUGAUCGCACAGAAGAUUCAGAAGCUGAUGGACGUGGGGCUGAUUGCGAUUCGGUGAUGACUCGCUCGCCCCUUCCCUUCGCCCUCAUGUGCGAAGAGGAGCUGGGACCGCGCCGGCAGCGCGGAGCGGAGGGGAGAGGGAGAGGGAGACCGCGGCCCGUCGCCUAUUUAUGCACACCCACGGGAAGCCCGGGACUCGGCUCUGGUCUCGCGCGGCCGCUGCCUCCGGGCCUCCCGCGCACGCAUGGUCUCUUCACUGCUGCCCUCAACUCCGUGCCCCUUCCCUGCCUCAGUCGCUGUCCUGGCUGCUCCUCCAUAGUUGGUUAUUUUUUAUUUGGGGCAGUGGGCAUGUCCAGGGAGGGAGGGUGUUUUCCGACCCCCGGUCCCAGCUGUCUUCACAUUGGUAAUCCACGUCCUCUUCUCCAAUAAAGCCAGUCGGGCGUGGUUUCGUGUUGCCUUGA